AUGCAUUCCUCCGGGGGAAAUCGCGGUGGCGCAGCCGAACCCGGAGGAGCUGGAGGGGCCGGGUCGUCGCCGAGCGGCAACUUCCGACGUUGGGUUAACUCCCUGUUGACUUCGCGGAAUGCUUCUGCUGCUGCUGCUCUUAAUCAUGGCAGUGCCGUGGAACAGCGACGGCCUGGUGAUGGCUGGUGGAAGAUUCACUUCUUCCGCGGCAUGGUCAAUGACUUGCGCCGCCGCGCGCCGUAUUAUUGGAGCGAUUGGUCCGAUGCUUGGGAUUAUCGCGUCGUGCCGUCGACGGUUUAUAUGUAUUUUGCGAAUAUCCUCCCUGCACUCGCUUUCUCGCUCGAUAUGUUCACGAAGACUAAUAUGCAGUACGGCGUGAAUGAAGUGUUGCUGGCGUCGGUUCUGGGUGCGGUGGUUUUUGCCAUACUCGCUUGUCAACCGUUGGUUAUUGUGGGAGUUACUGGUCCUAUUACAGUAUUCAAUUACACGGUCUACGAUAUCAUGUCGCCUACUGGGACCAAUUACUUAGCUUUUAUGUGCUGGAUUGGGCUUUGGUCUCUGGUGUUUCACUGGAUCCUCGCCGUCACUAAUUCCUGCAACUGGCUUCGUUACGUGACGCGAUUUCCGUGCGAUAUCUUCGGCUUCUACGUCGCGUUCAUCUACUUGCAGAAGGGCGUCCAGGUGCUCGAGCGCUUUGGUGAUGACUCGCCAUUCUACCUAUCUGUCAUGGUGUCAUUGCUCGUCUUCAUGAUUGCGUAUGCGUGCGGCGAGCUGGGCGAGAGUCCGCUGUUCCGACAUCCCGUGCGCGUAUUCCUGAAGGACUACGGAACCCCGCUUACGGUCAUCUUUUUCACUGGGUUCGUGCACCUAGGCCGUAUGAAGACGGUUGAGCUCGAGAGGUUGCCUACUAGCGCGGCUUUCUUCCCUACCGCGGACAGAGGCUGGCUCGUUCAGUUUUGGGAUAUCGAUGUUGGGGAUAUAUUCAUUGCGAUGCCAUUUGCGAUCUUGCUUACCAUCUUGUUCUAUUUUGAUCAUAAUGUGUCGUCCCUAAUCGCCCAAGGAACCGAGUUCCCCCUCCGAAAACCCGCUGGCUUCCACUGGGACCUAUUCCUCCUAGGCCUAACAACAGGCAUCGCAGGAAUCCUCGGCCUUCCCUUCCCCAACGGCCUCAUCCCCCAAGCCCCAUUCCACACCGAAUCCCUCUGCGUCACCAAGGUCGUCGCCGACACCGAGGAAACCAACGGCGAAGCAAAAGGCCACUACGUCCUCAAACGCACCCACGUCGUCGAGCAGCGCGUCUCGAACCUAGCACAGGGCCUGCUAACCCUAGGCACCAUGACAGGCCCCCUCCUCAUCGUCCUCCACCUCAUCCCACAAGCCGUCCUCGCCGGCCUCUUCUUCAUCAUGGGCUACCAGGCCCUCGAGGGAAACGGCAUCACAGCCAAACUCCUCUUCUUGCUAAGAGACCACGCGCUCACGCCUGGCGGACACCCGCUGGCCGCGAUCCGCCGGAGAGCGGCGGUGUGGGCGUUCGUGGGCAUCGAGCUUGCUGCUUUCGCUGCUACGUUCGCGAUCACGCAGACCGUGGCGGCGGUUGGUUUCCCGGUUGUUAUUCUCGCGCUUAUUCCGGUUAGGGCGCUGGUUUUGCCGAGGUGGUUUACGAUGCGGGAGUUGGGCGUUUUGGAUGCGCCUACGGCGAGUAUGUUUACGAUGGAGAGUGUGGGCGGGUCGUAUGCUGCUGAGGGUGUGAGUGGGUAUGGUGGUGGUGGAGGGCCGGCGGAGAGUGGGAGCGAGAGCGGUGUGGUUCCUACGAGCGCGGGUGCGGAGGCGGGAGGGCGGAGGAAGAGCGAGGAGGUGUUGGCUGAGGAGGGUCGCGGGAGGGUUGUCGAGGAUGUUGGGAUUGAGAUGAGUCGUUUGGGGGUUAGUAGGAGGGGUCAGGCUGGGAGGAGUGUGGCGAGGGAGGAGAGUUAG